CUUAAAUAAAAUAUAUCUUUUUUCGUAGCAUAAAUUGAACGCAACAUGUUUACUUGGAGCCGGCUAGCUAAGCGAUAGAUCAGGUUCUCCAUCGUGAAGGCAGCAAAGCUUUAGCUUUUGGCUAACCUGCUUGUCUGGAAGAUGAGAACAAGAAGUUCUGUUCGUGUUCAGACUCUAUCCGUCUUUUUUUAAGGAUGUUUCGAAAUUCCCAAGUCCAGAGGAGCUGGACGUGCUCCAUCAGACCUCUGCUGCUGAGAGAACCCCCCCUUUUCUCCCUCUCUGAGCAAACAGCUUACAGACAUCUUGGGGUGAGACAAGUGGAGGACAGGAGGGAUCAGGAGAAAGGAGGAAAAAGUACAGAUGAUGGGUCGUCGUUAUCCGACCGGACUUCUCACUCCUCAACCCGGCUGCCUUCACUUAGUCCCUCUUUAAGUCUUCAUCUGCUCCCCCCUAAACACCACCGUUUUAACCCCGUAAGCUUUGUCUGGGAACGUUUCAUCAGGAGGACUUCUUUCCAGGGCCGGAAACAGUUUUUGAGCCUCAGCCACCUUUUGCUCGGUUGCAUUCAUAAUGCCGGGUUCAAUAUUUCACAAUUCCAUCCGCGUCCCGGACAGGAAGCUGCUUUCAGUUCUAAAGCCAGUCUGUGGAUUUUAGGCCAGCUCCAAAGCAAAGCACAAGCUCUCGAUUUCCACCCAACCAGAGCCGUGCACCAUGCUGCCCCCCCACGCACCUGGACAGACUGUCUGUCUCCAGACAACGAAAGCCGCUGUCGACAGAACCUGCAGCCCAACUGGGAUCUCUACGACACCAGCAAGGUGGGAAAAGGCCCCAGACGGGAGAAGAACCCCGAUAGGUGGGCCUCCAUCCUGGUGGCGCUGUGCUGCAGCGGCGGACAGCCGUCUGUCCUCUUCACUCUGCGCUCCUGCACGUUGAAGGGCAGACACAAAGGAGACGUCAGCUUUGCAGGAGGAAAGAGCGAUCCGUCAGACAGAGACGUGGUGGCCACGGCGCUCCGGGAAGCCCGAGAGGAGCUCGGCAUAAAGGUUCCCAGAGAAAAGGUUUGGGGGAUAUUGAAGCCUUUAAGAGACGCGUCUGGGAUGAUGAUUGUGCCGGUGCUGGCUAACCUGGGGCCUCUGGAGGAGCUGACCUUUAAGCCAAAUCCAGAAGAGGUGGAUGAGAUCUUCACCUUGUCCUUGUCGCACCUGUGCGACCCCCAGAACCGCGGCUACACACACUUCCGCACAGGUGACAAGUAUGGAUACACGCUCCCCGUGUUCCGUAACGGGAAGCAUCGCGUGUGGGGUCUGACCGCCGUCGCCUUGGACCACACCUUAAAACUCAUCGUACCGUGACGGCGUUAACACAAAGACGUGUAGAUCACAGAGGGGCUCCUGACACGCCUGUGCACUUUUGCUUUGUGUAGCUACGUUAUCUAAAUGAAGACAAAGUAUGUUGACUCUUCAAGACAAAGUGUGAAAUCCCUGAUCUUCUGGUGCUUAACAACCUCUAUUGAUAAGGAUCCUGAGGUUUAUGGCCAAAUCUGAUCUUUUCUUGAUAUUUCUCAUUUUAUUUUUUCCUUUUGCUCUGAAAACAAAAAAAUAAAGUGACAGAGGCAGUUUUUGAACAUACCUCUCAAGGUUUUUACAAGUCCAGUUCCUCACAUCCUGAUCAUGUUUCUAAGUGAAAUGAAUGAUCUUGAGUUCCUGAAGGCAUCUGUGCAUCAAGUUACACACCUAGCUAAGCUCACGAAUGUAAGUGUAAUCAUGAUUUAAUGAAAACUGAUGUAAACACUGAAGUCAAAAGGCCCAUAAUGAUGCCGAACCAUUAUUUUAUUUUUCCAGUGUUUUGGCUCCUCUUACAG